GCAUUUUGUUGUCACUUAAAUGAUGAAAUGUAUUUGUUCAUUAAGAGACAUUUCUAUGUACUGAUCAUUUCCUGCCAGUACCGCCAUUUUGUAACUUGCUUCUAGCAUUGUCUCAUUGCCACUUCUUUUCCGGUUAGCUCUCAAGCAAAGAUGCCUUCCGUGACGCUGAAAGACGUUGAUCAACACAAAUUCGUAAAGGCCUUCGCUGCCUUUUUGAAGAAAACUGGCAAAAUGCGAGUUCCAGAAUGGGUGGAUAUUGUGAAGUCUGCGCGCUUCAAGGAACUUGCUCCAUAUGACCCAGAUUGGUAUUACAUUAGGUGUGCAGCCUUGGUUCGUCACAUCUAUAUUCGCAGUCCAAUCGGUGUUGGAGCUGUAACGAAAAUCUUCGGUGGACGCAAACGUAACGGCACCCACCCCAGCCAUUUCUGUAGAUCUGCAGGUGGUGUUGCACGUAAAGCUCUGCAAAGUUUAGAACAGUUGAAGCUUAUCGAGAAAGCUCCACUUGGUGGACGUAAGCUUACCAGCCAAGGUCGUAGAGACCUAGAUCGCAUCGCAGCGCAAGUAAAGGCAAAAAGCAAAAAACAACUUAAGUUGCAAGAGACGCUUGUCCUUUAAUUUUUCUGUUUGUGUAAUAAAAGUGAAAAAAAUUUA